AUGGCAGGUAUGAAAAAGGUACACUCUUUGAUUAUUUUCCUCUUGCUCCUGAAACUUUCUCUGGUCUUGUGCAGUUUUCACGAAGCCAGCUGUUUUUGGAGAAUAAAUCACAACAAAACGCUUGAAGACAACGUGAAAAGAAGCUGCGGUUUUAUCCUUUUCACUCUACCUGUACACCUAGUGGAAGACUACUUCAGGGUGCUGCUAAAUUUUGCUUUGCCAGUGAAUAUAUACCAAUAUGUUCUGGUAAUGCUUUUUGCCAUAGAGGAGAUCAACAAGCAUCCUAAUCUUUUACCCAACUCUACCUUGGGGUUUGCCUUUCUUGGUGACCAGUGUGAUAUUACAGUGGCAAAUUUUAAUAACCUAAAUAUGUUCUCAAAAUAUGGUAAGAUGCUUCCUAAUUACAUCUGUGAAUACAGUGACUGUGAUGUAGCUCUUACCGGACCAACAUGGACAGCUUCUGCCCAGGUGGGGACCCUCCUGCAGCUCUUUACAUUUCCCCAGGUAAAGUUAACUGUUACCUAUGGACCAUUUCAUGAUAGUCUGAGUGGCCAUGACAUGUUUCCUCAUAUAUAUCAGGUCGCCUCAAAGGACACAAGCCUAGUUCUUGCCAUGGUUUCCUUGAUGAUUCAUUUUAGCUGGAACUGGGUGGGGCUGGUGAUCUUAGGUGAUGACCAGGGUGUUCAGUUUCUCUUAGAUGUGAGAGGAGAGAUGAAAAUAAAUGGAGUCUGUUUAGCUUUUGUGAAUGUGAUCCCAGUAAACAUGCAAUUAUACAUACAAAGGGCUGAGACUUAUUAUCACCAAAUCAUGACAUCGUCAGCAAAUGUUGUUAUCCUUUAUGGUAACUUGAACUCUACUCUAGAAGUGAGCUUUAGAAGAUGGCAAACUUUAGGCAUUCGGAGAUUAUGGGUCACCACCUCACAAUGGGAUGCCAUCUCAAGGACAAGAGAUUUCAGCACUGACUCUUUCCACGGGACUUUCACUUUUUCCCACCACUAUCAAGAAAUUCCUACUUUUAAACAUUUUAUUCAGAAAAUAAGUGUUUCUGCUUAUCCAGAAGGUGUUUCUCUGCUGAGAUUGGGAUGGAUUUAUUUUAACUGUUCGGUAUCUGUAUCUGAUUGUAAAACACUGAAUCAUUGUUCAUCUAAUACCUCACUGGAAUGGUUACCAUGGCACAAUUUUGACAUGGCCAUGAAUGAUGAGCAUUACAAUAUAUAUAAUGCUGUGUAUGCUGUAGCCCAUGCCUUUCACAACAUGCAACUCCAACAGUUAGAUAUUAAUGUAAUGGAAAGUUGGAAAGGGAUGACACUUAAAUGCCUUCAGGUAAAUACCUUUCUGAAGAAUUUAAAAUUUGUUAAUCCUGUAGGAGACCCAGUGAAUAUUAAUCAAACAGAAAAAGUAGAUGCAAUGUAUGACAUUCUCACCGUGUUGAAUUUUCUACAAGGUUAUGUACUAAAGGUGAAAAUAGGACAGUUCUAUCCUUAUUUUUCACAUGACCAGCAACUGUUCGUAUAUGAAGACAUGAUUGAGUGGGCCACAGGAAGUAGACAGUUAUCCAACUCAGUGUGCAGUAUACCUUGCUAUCCUGGUUUCAAGAAAUCCCAUCAGGAAGGAAAAGCAGACUGCUGUUUCGAUUGUUCCAGAUGUCCUGAGAAUGAAAUUUCCAACACCACAGACAUGGAGCUGUGUGUGAAGUGUCCAGAGGAUUGGUAUGCCAACGCAGAGCAAACCUACUGCCUGCCAAAAGCUGUGACGUUUCUGGCUUAUGAAGACCCCUUGGGGAUGGCUCUUGUCUGCAUGGCCCUGUGUUUCUCUGCACUCACAGCUCUUGUUCUUGGGGUCUUUGUGAAGCACAAAGAUACCCCCAUUGUGAAGGCUAACAACUGUACCCUCAGCUACAUUCUGUUAAUAUCACUCACGUUUUGCUUUCUCUGCCCUUUGCUCUUCAUUGGGAAUCCCAACACUACAACAUGCAUCCUACAGCAGAUUACGUUUGGAACUCUGUUCAGUGUGGCAUUGUCCACAGUGUUGGCCAAAACGAUUACUGUGCUUCUGGCCUUCAGGAUCACUGUCCCAGAAAGAAGAAUGCGGGGACUGCUAGUAUCCAGGGUACCCAAAUACAUUAUUCCCAUUUGUACCCUUGUCCAAAUUAUUCUCUGUGGAAUCUGGCUAAAGACAUCACCUCCCUUUGUGGACACUGAUGUACACUCUGAACAUGGGCACAUUACCAUCACAUGCAGCAAAGGCUCAGUCACAGCAUUCUACUGUGUUCUUGGAUACCUAGGAUCUCUGGCCCUAGCGAGCUUCUUAGUGGCUUUUUUGGCCAGGAAUCUGCCUGACAGGUUCAAUGAAGCCAAGUUCCUGACAUUCAGCAUGCUGGUAUUCUGCAGUGUCUGGGUCACCUUCCUUCCUGUCUACCACAGUACCAAGGGGAAAGUCAUGGUAGCCGUUGAAGUGUUUUCUAUUCUGUCCUCCAGUGCGGGACUGCUGGGGUGUAUCUUUAUCCCCAAAUGCUACAUUAUUUUAUUAAGACCUGACAGAAACUCAAUUCAAAAGUUUAAAGAUAAAACAUUCAAUUGA